AUGAAAACAAUUUCUCUGAUUCCUUCAACAGAAUAAGUUGUGACAGGGUAAACUUGGAUUGGUGGUCCUACUUAUGAAUUAUAAAAGCAACACGUACCUGGGUAUGCUGGACAUGUGAGAGGAUUAAAAGCUGAAUCAUAAUAUGGAAAACCUUUUGCAAAGAUUACAGCUGAGUGUAUGGAAGAAAGAUUAGCUAGAUGUACAAAUUCUGAAGAGAGAGAAAGAUUAUAAACAAGUUAUAAGAUCGAGUUUGGAGAACCCAAUUUAAGAAAACCAUAACUUUAAACUGCAGCUGAAAGAAUUUUAGAAGAUGCUCGCCGAUAAGAGAAAGCUGUAAAUGAGAGAAAUUAUCGAACAUUCUAAUCUAUGCCUAAAACAAUUAAUGAUAUCCCCCCAAUCGAUAGAUUACCAGUCGUUGGGUAUCAAGGGUUCCGACCAGUGUUUAGACAUCCAUUAAAAUAAGUUGUUCCUCCUGAAAAACCAUAACCCUAUGUACAUCCCUUAAAUCAAAUGGACGAAGGAAUGGCAAAGACUAUGCUUGAAACUAAUGAUAGAUUCAGAUAAACUUAUGAACAACAAAAGCCUCCCAUUGUUGGAUAUACUGGAUUCAUGACUGGCAUUAAAGCAGAGAAUAUGUAUGGUGAAUCCUAUAAGGAUAUCAGCCAUUAAGUUUUAUAAAGGAAGUAAAGAUGA